UCGAUGAAAUGUUGACGAGGAAGUGUUGACUGUUAAAGUAGUUGGAAACAAUGUUUAGCAAAUCUUUCAUUUUCGCAAUGGUGGUUGCGUUAGGUGCAUAUUCAUACCUGAAGUACUAUGGGCCCACGGAAGAGGACAGAAUUAAAGACAACAUCAUUUCUGCUUGGCAUACCAUCAUUCGUGAACCGUCAUCAAAAUUCCGACGUGUUGCCGUGGGAGUAAAUGCAGAUGUGGAUUUAAUUGUCCCUGGCAUUGAGCUAUUGAAUGCUCUGAAUGUCGUGCCUGGUGAUAAAAGCGACCAUGAGUCCCUGGAUUCAUUGAGCAAGCUUCAGGAGACCUUUGCAUUGUUUUUCUCAAGAGGCUCCGCUGCAGAGAGAUACUUUGCUGAUGCUGAUUUGUACCGAACAAUAGUACAGGCUGCAGAGUCUCUAGCUAGUGUACAGUCCUUCAUUGGAGGAAACGCGGCAUUAAUGGCCAACAAGGUAUCAUCGCUGUUUCCUGAUACUGAGAUUCAGUUUGUUGGACCUGUUGGACCAGGACUUCAGAAACUACUUCCGAAAUCAAUUAAGGUCCCAGCCGAGAGUUUAGUCGCCCAGGACGAAGUACACCUGAUCAUGGAGUAUAAGGUGGGUGAUCGCUGGGGCAACGACGUCACACCCGUGGCUAGUCGCUUCAUCACCAGUCAUGAUGAAUCCAAUGCCCAGGCCAACAUGCUGGAGACAUUUUUCGCCAGCCUGAAUGGGUUUAAUGCUGACUUAGUUCUGCUGUCAGGACUUCACAUGAUGGAGGGUCUGGAGGCAGAUAUGUUUGACCAGAGAUUGCAGGUGCUUGUGUCCGGGUUGGAAAGCGUUCCCUCCCAUGUCCCUGUUCAUCUGGAACUGGCUAGCAUGGCCAAGGAGGAUUAUCUGCAUGGAAUACUGGACAAGGUUUUGCCACACGUUAGCUCUCUUGGCCUGAACGAGCAGGAGAUUGCUUUUUCAUCAUCCGUAGCCGAUGGGCCCCACACAGAGCUGUUCAAGGGCCAGUCUGGCCAGCCAGAGAUACACAAAAUAAGUGACAUGAUCUUGUGGAUACUGAGAACCUAUGGCUAUUCUAACAAGAGAACUCAGUCCCGCUUGACCAGGGUCCAUUUCCAUUCCUUAACCUACCACAUUAUCGGUGUGAUACCAUCGGCUUGGCAGAAUACAGAGUCUGCUGUUGCUGCUGGAACAAGGCUGGCUGGACGGCAAGCCUGUGAUGUGGAUCAUUUAUCAUCAAAAAUAGCAGAUUUAAAAAUACCAUUAAAAUUUAAACUAUUUUCUGAAGACCAGGAGAGGUUAUUUGAUGGUACAAAACCAGUAUUAUCCUGGGAUAGGGAAGGGUUUCAUUUUGCUUUUAGUCCUGUUUUAGUUUGCAAGAACCCAGAGAAAACCGUGGGAUUAGGUGAUUCCAUAUCGUCUACAGGAUUGUUGUACUCACAAUAUCACCACUCGUAUAGAGUGCCCAAAUCAAGUUGAUGAAGGUUUUUGUUAAAAUGCAUGUACACUUUUAUUUUGAAGAAAUUUAAGUCGCCCAGCUGCAUUUCUAUUAAAUCUACUGUAAAUCCUCAACCUUACCAACCUCUGAAGCACUUUUUUCAGUGAAAUUUAUGGGCACAAUUAUUAUGAAAAUGAAGCUGAAAUGAUGUGUUUGUGUCACCAUAGACGCAAGCUUCUAGAAACUGCAAAUUAUUUCUGUACAUUGUAUAGUUCUCUCAGAAUGUUUAAAAAUAUUGAUCACAGAUUCAUUUGAAAAGGUUGAAAAAUUAAGAUAUGUAAAUAUGAACUAAAUUUAUGGGAAACUUUGAACAGCUUCAGAUAAAACUAACUGAUUACAGCGGGUUGUUAACCUCACCCACUCUACAGUGAACCAUACAGACCAGACAAGUUUUGUUAGUCUUAUCUCCAGGCUGUCAGUUUGACACCAGAUUUAAUCACAGACAUUGCUGACUUAGGGAAGGUUGGUAUUUGAAUUUGUAACCCACACACGAAUUAAUCUCACUUGUUAAUUAAUAUGCAUACUGUGGCACAAACAAGCCUGUGUUUUAGCACAGCCAGCCCUUCGCAAUGCUGUUGGUCUAGAGCUCCCAAUCAUACUUAUAUUAUGCACUUUUCCGUGCUCCCUUCAGAUUUGGGGAAUAAAAGAAAUGAUAGCCCACUGGCUAUACAUCUGGGAAAGCAACCAUAAGCAGUAUUAUUGUCACAGAUUCCCCGCAUUAGCAGACAUUUUACCUUCAAUAAAUCCUAAUGCCACAGUAUGGUUGCAGUAUCACCAAAGUGACAUUAAGCCGUUCAUUCACAAAAUUCUCAUUUUUCGAGAGCUGUUUUUCAGAAUGUUUGGCUGACAAUCUGGGGGACAGGGAUCGUUGUUAGUUAUUUUUGUCACGUUUUCUAAGGUAACAGGUAAGCAUUGAUCGGUCCGUAGAACACAUGUACCUGUGAAUGUGAAAUGUUCAGUGUUCCGCGAUACAAUUUUUUAUACACCUUUCUUCACUAGCAAAUUACUGUGAUAUAAACUAUUGAUAAAAUUGACCAAAUCUGUUUUUCUUUAAGAACUGUUUUAUUAUCGGUUGUUUCAAGUUCAUUUUGUCUAACAUAUGAUCUGUGCAAAUGAUUUCCGUCUCUGCUGUGUAAAAGAGUAACUAAAUGUCUCAAUGUUUUAUUUCGAUAAAAAAUUAACAAUGGCACGCCAGUGCAGCGCAAUGAUCCAGGAGCCUGUCAUCAAUGCAGUCGCUGUGAGUUCGAGUCCAGUUCAUUCUGGCUUCCUCACUGGCUGUACAUGGGAGCCUGCCCGCAACGUGUGGAUGUUCGUGGGGUUUCCUCCCACCAUAAUGCUGGCCGCAGUCAUAUAAGUGAAAUAUUCUGUAUUGAAGAAUUACUGUUGUACCCUAAAUGCACACAGUGACAUGCUAUUAUUUUGAUGAUCCAGAAUACAGAUUUAUUUAGCGGACUUUCAUUCAAGAAACUAUCUUUGUAACUCCAAUUUGGAUCAUAUUGACUUUAUCAUCACCAUUGUAAACCUAAAUGAUUAUAAUGCUUCAACAACUGUCUGAUCUGAACAAAUGAUUUUCACAUUUUGUGUAAAGAUCAACUAAAUUAAGAUAAUUAGAUUGCUCAAUAUACAUCAACGAUGUACAUGCAGAAGAUGACGCUGUCAUCAUUUGGGAAUCCAAAGAACAUUUUAUGCUUUGGACAUUGUUGUUUCCGUAAACAAUCUUAUUUCAUCAUCUGGGGGGGGGGGGCGGGGGGCAAAGAAUAUUUUAUGCUCUGGACUUUCAUUCCAUGAUCAGUCUUCUUUCGUCGUUUGGGGGUCUCAAAGGACAUUUUAUGCUCUUGACUUUCAUUCCAUGAUCAAUCUCAUUUCUCACCAUUCAAUCAACCUGACCUGUCAGUUUCUAUUUUAUCAUCGGUAUGUCUACUUCAACACCCACAAACAAUAUUGAACACAGGGUCUUCAUUCAUUGCCCACUGCAGUCUUAGUCUUGUCAACUUCUAAAGAUCAUCACUGAGUAUGUAGCUCAACUCUUAUAAGCAGUCCCUAUUUUCAUUUUUCAUCUUCGAUGCUUAUGGCUCAGACAUAUCAGUUUAUAUAUCACACAUGAACCGUUUCAUUGCCAGUAACGGGAUAACGGCGAUCAAAACAUAUUACCUCUGUUAUCUGAUAUAUAACCAUAUAGCCAUGAUGUACACACAAUCCUGAUACAUAGGUUUAAACGAAUAUGUACACACAAUCCUGAUACAUAUGCUUAAGUCAUGAUGUACGCUUAAGCCAUGAUGUACACACAAUCCUGAUGCAUACACUUAAGUCAUGAUGUACACACAAUCCUGAUGCAUACGCUUAACCCAUUAUCAAGUCUCCACUUUAAAUGAGUAACUAACCGUUUACACUUCUAAGGUCAAGGUUUAUCAGCAUAGGCCUAGAUACGAUGAUUGCCCUUCACUACCACCAUGUUCUUGGUUCAACCCUAAACACAGGAAGCAGUUCUAUACCUAUAGGAAACAAACUGUUAUUUUGAUUAUUGAAGUAAAGUGAAGACGUCAUUACCGCGUAAAAAUACAAAGGAGAAACGUGAAGUAGAUUUUAUUUUCAUUUUCAUCUUUGCAAUGAAAUCAGUAAAUCCACAGAUGGUAUAUAAUUGAUUUAUAUCAGUAUUGUGAUUCCACUGAUAGAUUGAUUACAAAUAAAAUAGAAUGUUGCUGCAUGUAUGUAAGUAUAUAUUUUUAGUUGAAGAUUUUGUUGGGAAAUACUUUUUAUAUUGUAUGUUGAGACUGCAGAACCCAAAAAUCUUUACCAGUUUAAAUGUUUCUGAUGGUAGAUUCAUUGGAAAAAAAGGAUGAAUCAGUGUAGUAAUCUAAUUGUGUUCAGCCAUUUAAUUACAAGUAUAUGGGCAUGAUUACUUAGUUAUACAAAGAUUGUAGACUGAAUUUUAUUAAUAGUUAUGUUUAUAGUAAUGCAGAAUUUAAUUAAAAAAUGUUAUGUUCUGUGAAUUAUGAGUUCAAGGUGAUAAAUCAUUGUUCUGUUUUAAAGUUGUUUUUAUGAUUUUUUUUUACGUAAUACACGAGAAUGUUCAUAGUUUAAGUUGAAAAAGAGACUACUAACAAUAUCCGGAAACAGAUAUCUAAAAUAAUUAAGUGUAAGUUGACAUCUCAUAUUAAAUUUGUCUUUUGUGUAUCUUUAAACUUUUAUUAAGGUUUUACACUUGUUCUAAAUAUUUUACAAAUGAAUAUUUGUAUAUUGAGUAAGGAACAAUUUUUGUUUUUGUUGUGUUUUUUUUGUGUUUUUUUUUUGUUUUGUUUUUUUUCAUACACCAUGGGUUUCGAAAGUCAGAUUUUAGCGAGUCUAAUUUGGGAAGAUACUAGCGUUUAUUUGAGCCCAAGUAUUCCGUAGAAAUUUCAAUAUUCAUACAAAGAUUUUUUUGUGCUAAGUAAAAACAUUAAAAGUUUCAAAUUGAUAUGUGGAAAGCGAAUGGUAAUGGGAUGCUUAUGUCUUUGAGGGAGAAAAAUUGUAUUUUUGUAUCGUAUUUUGUUUAUAUAUUUGGCCUGAGUGACACAAGUAGAUAUAUCUGUAAUUUUUGUCAUCGCUGAUGACAGAACUGUGAUAGAAUUUCUUGCAGUACUAGCCCAUAAAGGACCUAGUAUGGCAAUACAUUAAUGCUGAGGGUUUUACGUCGUACUAAGAGCAAUUUUUCAGUCAUAUGACGAUGCCCUGGUACGGUAUGGCACAGAAUUGAUCCCAAAGACGUACAAGAAAGUGUAACGUCCAAAAUCCCAGCACAAUUCAGUAAACUUCAGAAUCAAAAGUAUAAAUCUUGAUCGAGUGAAAUUGCAGAUUUCACGACCAUAAAAGAGAUCUAAGUAAUAAUUUGCCAAAAAGGCACUGUCCAUCAAAAGUGAUAACGUAUUUCGAUUUUUUUAUUUACGCACCGCUCACACGGACACAAGCUAGCUUCAGGUAUUUGAGUCACACAGUUGUCACAUACCGAGGAAAAAGGGAGCUAUAGUAAAUCAGAACUGAAGAUUGAAGUGUAGGAUUGUGCCAGUAGUUGGCUGUGAGAGCUAUGUAAUCGGUUUCACUUGUUAAUGGUCACAGUUCCUUCCAUAGGAGGCGAUUGUCCACCUUACCAUACAACACCUUUUGCCCUUGAAAUCUUGUGAUAUACGCUUCUAGAGAGUGUAAUACGCCCUAUGAAUUUUCCAGAUAUUUGCAUGGGCGGGCUUUCUACAACACUCAGUUAGAUUAUACUAUCCAGAUAUCAGUGACUCGAAACAAUGGGCAUUUGUAGUUAUAUAUCAUUAUACAACACGAAACUUUACAACGUUUAUUGACCAAGAAAUGAUAUGUAUCCUAUGUAUAAUAUGACUUUCUAUUCUUCUAUAAAUCUAGCUCACUACUGUCUUCUGUUGACUUGAGUAUGGUUUUCAUCCUGUGUGGAGCGCAUGUUAAUACAUGCGGCUUUGUUGUGUUUGCGUGGUCUCUUGUGAGCAGAGACAACAUUCGGUUGUGGAACGAGGAGAUUCGUGCAUAAACUAAUUUCUGAAUUAAGUCAAAAUUAUAAACUUAUGAUGCUUAGGGUUCAUUACUUGAAGUUCACAAGGUGGUCAAAGUUUAAAUUUCUUGAGCCCUAAAAUAACCUUUAAAAUCAUAUUUCAAAUUUUUGACUUAAGUCAGAAAUGGCUUUGUACAAUUCGCCCGUUAACCCAACAUUCCUUAUUCUGUGAAUGGCGUUCAAUUUAAUAAAGAUUUCUUAUA